GAGCCGCUCUGCUCCGGCUGCUGCUGCUGCUGCCCCCUCCGAAGCACAAAGCGGCGGCGCCGGUGGGGACUCCUCCCGGUGGGACCAUGGCUCCGCCGCCGUCCUGCAAGAGCUGGCUCGCCAACGAGGGGAGCAAACAUCUCCUCCUGCUGCUCUGGCUGUCUCUCAACGUGGGGCUGUUUUGGAAAACCUUCUGGCUAUAUUUUCGUGAGCCACAGUAUUACUAUUUGCAUCAGAUGCUGGGGCUAGGAUUGUGCCUCAGCAGAGCUUCUGCAUCUGUCCUCAACCUCAACUGCAGCCUGGUCCUUUUGCCAAUGUGCCGGAUUCUCCUGGCCUUCCUCCGAGGGUCUCGAAAGGUGACCAGCCGGAAAACCAGGAGGCUCUUGGAUAAAAGCAAAACGUUCCAUGUAACUUGCGGUGUUACAGUUUGCGUCUUUUCAGUGAUUCACGUCGCUGCUCAUCUGGUGAAUGCUUUGAACUUCUCUGUGAACUACAGCGAAGAGUUUCUUGCACUCAAUGCAGCCAGCUACCAUGGCGAGGAUCCCAGGAAGCUCCUUUUUGCUACGGUUCCUGGCUUAACUGGUGUUCUUAUGGUGCUGGUGUUAUUCCUGAUGUCUACCGCUUCUACUUAUGCCAUUAGGGUUUCUAAUUAUGACAUCUUCUGGUAUACCCACAACCUCUUUUUUGUGUUCUACUUGCUGCUGAUGCUGCAUGUUUCUGGAGGAGUUCUGAAAUACCAAACUAAUUUAAAGGAGCACCCCCCAGGAUGUGUGAACCCUAAUGCAUCACUGCAAGAGGACAGCCAAUUGGCAGAUGGUUUUGACAAGUCACUUCCUGAAAAUGUCCCAGAGCCUCUCUCCGGAGGGUUGGUGAAGCUGGCGCCUGUCAUCCCAAACAGCGUUUUUUGUACCGAGAAGCCAAAUUUCCAAGCUCCUUUCCCUGAGACUUGGCUUUGGAUCUCUGGACCACUGUGCUUAUACUGUGCAGAAAGGCUCUACCGCUUUAUCCGGAGCAGCAACAAACCUGUAACUAUAACGGCGGUGAUUAGCCAUCCCUGCAAUGUGCUUGAGAUACAGAUGGUGAAGGAAGAUUUUAAAGCAAGACCCGGACAGUACGUGAUUCUGCACUGUCCCAGUGUGUCCUCUUUGGAAAGCCAUCCAUUCACCCUAACGCUGUGCCCAACAGCUACCAAAGCAACAUUUGGAGUUCACCUUAAAGUCAUAGGAGACUGGACAGAGAGACUUCGGGAUAUGCUGCUUUUACAUUCCAGUUGGAACCCUGAGAUUCUGCCAGUCUUCCAGCAGAGGUGUUAUCCUAAGAUGUACGUAGACGGCCCUUUUGGGAGCCCCUUUGAAGAAUCCUUCAGUUAUGAGAUCAGCCUCUGUGUGGCUGGAGGCAUUGGAGUGACUCCGUUUGCAUCGAUCCUCAACACCCUGCUUGAUGGCUGGGAGUGCUACAAACUCCGGAGACUUUACUUCAUUUGGGUAUGCCGAGACAUCCGGUCCUUCUGUUGGUUUGCUGAUCUGCUCUGCAAAGUGCAUAACAAGCUCUGGCAAGAAAAUCGACCAGACUUUGUAAACAUCCAGCUAUACCUCAGUCAAACAGAUGGGAUACAGAAAAUAAUUGGAGAGAAAUACCACACACUGAACUGUCGGCUUUUCGUUGGGCGGCCUCGCUGGAAACUUCUCUUUAAUGAAAUAGCCAAGUGUAACAGACAGAAAACUGUUGGUGUUUUUUGCUGUGGACCAAAUGAGAUCUCGAAAACCCUUCACAAACUGAGCAACAGAAGGAAUCCUUAUGGGACGAGGUUCGAAUACAAUAAAGAAUCCUUCAGCUGAAAGCCUCCAGGACUUAGAAGGACUGUCUGGAAGACCUGAAUGCAAUUUCAUGAGUUCAGAAGAGUCAGCAGUGUUAGCCAGACGCCGUGUACCAAAGAGUAGCAAAGUCUUUGCUUUUAUUUAUAACUAUUUAAUACACUAGAAAAGAAAAGAGAGAUUUGCAGGGGGUGGGGGGGAUACAUUCAGGAUGUUAUGCUCAACAGCCAAAAUAUCUUAGGAGCAGUGAGUCUUUACAGAGCUUGAAUUAGCAGAAGGCAAUUAGAGACAUGGAUAGUUGCUUAUGCGGCUGGUUUUUUCCAGAUCAAUUUGUGGACCGUUUGAACUUUCUCCAUCUGAGGCUUCAAACCCCAGAAAGUGGCAUCGGUUGAAUGAGCACUGGAUUGAUCAAACCGGGGAAAAAGGAAAUACAUGGGAAGUAAAAUUCUUCUCUGUGCUGGCAAAUA